AUGAUAGACUCAAAGACUUCGCCUGAUUUCAUUGCUCCAUGCUUCCUCUUCAAAAAACCCUUCUCCUUCACCUCUUCCCACAUGGCCUUGAGAACUCCUCAUGUAUUAUGCUCCAUUAUCUGGCUCUUUCUCCUCCUCCUAGUACUCUUUCACGAAUUCUACGGUAUCAAAUACCUCCAGAACUCCGAAUGCAAUGACUCCUCCUCAUCAUCAUUGCUAGUGCAUCAUCCUUUAAUCCAUAGAAAAACAAUGGCUUCCACCAAGUUUGACUUUAGUCCUUUUCUCAACCGCCGCCACCACCGGAAACACUCACAGGAGAGAGGGCCACCCGAGAUUGAUCCAUGCUGUGGCGUCGAAAAGCGCCUCGUCCCCACCGGUCCAAACCCUUUGCACCAUUGA